UAUUUCAUAUUUUUUUUAGAAUGGAAAAAGUUUUAUCAUUAAAAAUCAAGCAAAAUUUGCGAGAGAAUUAUUGCCACAUUAUUAUAAACACAAUAAUAUGGCUAGUUUUGUACGGCAGUUAAAUAUGUAUGGAUUCCACAAGAAAGUAUCCGUAGAAUUGGGUGGCCUAAAGUGCGAUAAAGAUGAAAUGGAAUUUGCACAUCAGUUUUUUUACAAAGGACAUCCAUAUCUAUUGGAGCAUAUUAAAAGAAAAAUUGCAUCUAGCAAGAGUCAAGAUGCAGCUCAUACUCCUAUGAAACCAGAAUUAAUGACCAAAGUGUUAGCAGAAGUAAGAAGUAUGAGAGGUCGACAAGAAAGUUUGGAUACUAAAUUAGGCGCAAUAAAACAUGAAAACGAGGCAUUGUGGAGAGAAAUAGCAAUGCUAAGACAAAAACACUUGAAACAACAACAAAUUGUUAACAAGCUUAUUCAAUUUCUUGUUACUCUUGUACAACCACCGAGAGGAAGUGGUUUACCUGUCAAGCGGCGAUAUCCAUUAAUGAUAGAUGAUUCAAAUCGUACACGUAAACAAAGCAAGUUGUCAAAGCCGCAAGCGUCUCCUACAGGACCAAUUAUUCAUGAACUUGAUGCAUCAGAAUCUGAUUUGGAUUCAGAAUAUAUUGUCGCUGAGAUGUUGGAGGAUGGAGCUCCAACUGUCCAUAGUCCAAAAGAAUAUAUUGAAACGUCAAUAAAUGAUGAAAAUAUGGAAAAUGUUCAAUUAAUCGAGAAUCCUGAGAUGACUCUGCUACAAAACGAUAUCGAAAUUAGUUCACAUGAAAAUGAUACGAGGAAGAAACGUCUUUGUAAGGGCAAAAAGAAGAGGAAAAACAAGGUGCCUGUCAAAAUUUUGAUCCCACCAUUGGAAAAUGGAGGAAAACCAAGGGAAGAAUUGCAUUUACUUGAAAUGCCCGUCAACGAGGAAACUCCUGCGACUUUCGCUUUACUUGAAAAAGAAUCUAUCGGUUCUAAACCUGUACCUGUGGCGACAAUACGCAGUUCUAAACUCGCAGCGAUGGCGGCAAAUAUUAAUGAAUCUCAAGAUGUUGAGCAUCACACUGAUAUCAUGGAAAACUCAGCUGACAUGGAAGAUGAUAUGGAAGCCUUAGAUAAUGAUGCAUCCAUGCUGAAGCUAGAAGAUAUCUUAAUUGUUCCAGAAAUAAUCAACAACAGUAACAUUCAAAAUAUUGUGAAGAAUAAAGAAAUUGAUGUCAAAGAACCUAAUCAAGCGAAUCAGGAACUUGAUCAAAUCGAUGAUGACAAAAUUGCUUUAGCAGCAAGUGAUAUUGAACAGCGCAAUGAAAAUGGAACAUCAAAAGUUUUGCAGGAUGAAAAAGACAAUGGCAACAAAGCAAGCACAAGUUCAUCAAAAGAUUUAUCUUUGAGUUGCGUCAAUUCUUCUGACAUAUCUGAAGCUAAUUACAGGUUAGAACCGAUGGAACAAAUGGAUAAUCAUCUGGAAACAAUGCAAACAGAUCUGGACAAUCUGCGUGAAAUUUUGCGUGGUGAAGGUUACACCAUUGAUGCUAAUACUCUCCUUGGGCUGUUUGGCGCAGAUGAUCCAAUGACAUUUGGAUUACCAAUUAAUCCAGAAUUGAACCCGAAUUGUGGAAAAGAUAAUGAUAACACUGCACUUGCAGAUUCUAUCAAUGGAUCUGCUGGUGGAGAACUUAUUGCAUAUAAUCCUACGCAAAAUCUACUAGAUUUUGAUGAUGAUAUGUUAUUGGAAAAUGAAUCUUCACUACCAACGGCAUCAUCAGAUUUACCUACAGACAAUCUAUAUACUUCAACUCUAUCAGAUUCUUUAGAUCCUUUAGAUGAUAAGGCUUUGCUUUACGAUUCUCUAAUAAGACUCUCUAGUAAGAAUCUAAAAUCGUAAACACUAUUAUUUAUAUAUAUGCUUUUUGCUGAGUACUCUACUUCUGGAUUAUUAAUUAUCUAGAAAAAAUGGUAAUGUAAAAAAUAGGAGAGGAGAGGAUAAAAUAUAUAUGCUGUUACAAAUUCUGCAGCAUUUGCUAUCACUUAAAGUAAGAAUAGUAUUUGCGGCAACAUAAUCUAAAUAUCUUAUGAAAAACAUAAUGAAAAGUAUAAAGGAGCAAUCUUAUAUAUAUUACUAAAAAGAAAUUAGAUACCGAAAUGAUUAUAGCUUUUCAAGAUCUUACAAAUGAACAAAUACGAGAGUUAUAUUAAUAAAACUUUUGUUCUUACUUGCUUGUAUAUAAUUACAAACAAUUUUUUUUUUCUGAAAAAUAUGUCUUGCAAUUAGCUUUGUAAAGAGAAUUAAAUAUAGAAUGAUAACAGUUUUUCAUAUAAUGUAUGAAGUAUUAGAUUAUAAAAAAGUUUAGAUUGUGAUAAAUUUAUGCAUACAUGUUAAAGAAAGCUGUUUUUGCUUAUAAACAUAUUUUUUUUAUUCCUUCAGAAUUGUUAAUUAUCUUAAAUAAAUUAUACUAAGGUACAAAAAAGAUAAAAUGUAAAAAGUGAUAGUGCAAGUCAAGAUUUCAAUGUUUUAUAUGCAAUAGAAACAUUCUUGAAUCUGCGAAUAAUAUGGAUAAUUUUUUCUUUUUUAUGUAUUUUGUGAAGCUUUUACAAUUUCUAAUGUAGUCCUGUGAGACUAGAGUAAUUUUGUACUUUUGUUGUACAUAAAACUUAUGUUUCAUAUAUACAAUUCGAACUCUGAGACCUUGAUGUUAUAUCUAUAUAUAUAUAUAUAUAUAUGUAUAUAUAUAUAGUGUGCAAAUUUUAAUAGAUGUGAAUAUGUAUAACAAGAUAAUGGGAGAUUACUAUAUUGUACUUAUAUGUGUUGGCACAGUUAAUAUGAGAAAAUUGCAGUUUAUUCAACAAAAAAUAUUAUCUUAUUCAUUAGACUAAUUUUUAUUGAGCAUAUCUAAGUUUAUUAAAGGAAUCCCAGUGCGUAAUUGUGAUUAAAACACUGAAAUCUUAAUCUUGAACCUCUACUAAAAUAAGUUGAUAUAUUGCAUUCUUAUAAGAGUGUGUUUAUCCAUCCGAUGCAGAUGCAGCAAGUCACUUGUGUUUCUCUUAUCUUUACUUAUUUAGUGCGUCUGCAAUGAGUGAAUUAAACCAUUCGAAUUGUAUAGUAAAAAACUAUAAUUACAUAUUAUUGCAUCAUUAUCAUGUUAAUAUUUUAUUUGAUUUAGAGAUAAAUAUAGCUAAGUUUUUAUAUUUACUAUAAAAGCAAAGUUUAGGUAUAUUAUUUUUAAAUUAGUGUGUAAAAUUUGUUAUGUAAUUUUAUAUAUAGUGAAGUGUCAGCCAUAUUCAUAUACAUUUCCUGUUUAUAAAGGUUUAAAUCUUACUAUUUGCAAUUAAAUUAAAAAAAAAAAACUGAAAAGUUAAUUUUUUUUUUUUUUUUUUUUGAGUAUAAAUUUAUUUCAAUAAAAUCAUUAAUAGGUGUGACAAGUAUUUAGUAAUUAUACUAAAAUAAUUAGUCAUUAUACUGUUUGUGUAUUUUUUACACUUUGUGAGAUAGCACCUACUAAUAUCCAUUUACAUUAACACUAUUUGUUUGAUGAGAAAUAUUAAUAAAGUAUUUUCAUGUGAAUAAGAGUGUAUAUCAUAUGGCAAUGUGUUGAUACUGCACUGUUUGAGAUAUCAAAUUGAUACAUUCAAAGAUUGAUGGAAAAUGUAAAUUGAAAAGAGAGAUUAUCAAAGAUAUUGAAUUUUAUCCAAUAUCACUUUUUAUGAUGUAAAUUAUUUGAUUGCACUCGAUAUAUAAUAAAAAGAACAAUUGUUUUGUUUAGAGAUAUAAGUAGGGGCCAGCAGGAGAUAAUUUAGCUUAUCAAGUUAACAAUUUUUAUCUUUUAUCAGCCUGUAAAUAGAUACUAUGUUUGGUUACAUAGAUAGAAUAUUAAGACACGAAUACAUUCAAACUACUUAACUAAUUAAGAAUACUAUAACAGGAUAUUUUAUUUUGCAGAUUUAAAAUAUACAAGACUCUCAUAUCAGUUUUUUUAUUUGUGCAUCUAUUAGUAAGAAUUCUUUAUUGUUAAGUCCGUUAUAUAAGUGUAAUUGAAAAAUUAGCAGAAUAAAAAUACUUUUACUACC